AUGGCCGCGCGCCAGGGCGACGGGCCGGGCGACGCCGAUUGGCUGCCGUUGCCCCCGCGCGCGCCGGGCGGCCCACUCAUCCGCACGGUGGAGAUGCACGCGGGCGGCGAGCCACUGCGGGUGGUGCUGCCGGGCGGCCUGCCGGGGCUGGAGGAGGCCGAGGAGGAGGGGAAAGGCCUCUCCGUCUUGCAGCUGCGCCGCCGCCUCCUCGCCUCUUCCCAGCUGGACGCCCUGCGGCGGCUGCUGAUGCACGAGCCCCGCGGCCACCGCGACAUGUACGGGGCACUGCUGGUGCGCGGCGGGAACGACUGCGAGGAGGAGGAGGAGGCGGCCGCCGGCGCCCUCUUCGUGCACAACCAAGGCGCCAGCUCCAUGUGCGGCCACGCCGUCCUCUGCCUGGGCCGCCUGGCCCUCGACUACGGCCUCCUCCGCCCGCCGCCCUCUGCCGCCGAGGAGGUGCCAGUCCCCAUCCGCUGCCCCUGCGGGCCCGUCGUCGCCUUCGCCUCCUGGGAUGGGCGGCGCAGCGGCAGCCGCGUCCGCUUCCACAGCGUGCCCGCCUUCGCCGCCGCCACAGAUCUGACGGUCGACGUUUCUGGCUAUGGAAAAGUGGUGGUUGAUGUUGCGUAUGGUGGCGCUUUUUACGCAUUUCUCAGUGCUGAAAGGCUGGGCCUUGAUGUAUGUUUUUCAAGGAUGAGGGAUCUUGUAGAUGCAGCGUCUGCGGUAACCGAAGCAGUGAAGACCCAGUUCAAUGUCUGUCAUCCUCUCAUUAAAGACAUGAGCUUCAUUUAUGGAACUAUACUGACGGAUGGAAAGGACGCCUUUAGUGAUGAGCCGACAAGCAACAUCUGUGUGUUUGCAGAUGCACAGGUCGACCGAAGCCCUACUGGGUCAGGGGUGACGGCCCGCAUUGCCUUACAAUACCAUAAAGGACUCGUUCAGCUGGGCCAGACCAGGACUUUCAGAAGCAGCACAACGGGCUCCUUGUUCACUGGGAAAGCGGUGAAGGAAACGAAAAGCGGUGACCACAACGCCGUUAUAGUCGAAGUCUCCGGAGAAUCCUUUUAUACUGGAACGUCAAUCUUCACUCUGGAGGAGAAUGACCCUCUGAAAUACGGGUUUCUUCUUAAAUAAUUUUUUGGUUUCAGGCUUUCUAGAAACCUUGAUCGAAAAGGGUGGUUUGAUUUGCCUUAAAUUUCAUGGAAAUGUUUUCGGAAGGGCUUCGACCCUGCAUAAUGGGGUUAUAACCUGGCGACUGAGCUGUCACUCACCAAGUCUCCUGUUGAGAUUUCGUCUGCCAUCAUGUCCUCCUUCAGUGGCCUUAAGCUAACUCCAGCCUCUCAGCCUGCCCAUCUGCAAUGGGGGACUAAUCCUGCUGACUUACCUUACAGGGUUGUUGUAAGUGUUACUAAGGUAAUGUACAUGAAAUUGGUUAAACAUGGACGCUUAACUAAUGCAUGCCCGAUUAUUGUUAUAGGCAGGGACAUGUACUUGGAUGUAUCUGGUCCAAAUGUAUACCUGAAAAACACCUUAUCCAGUAUUUUUGGAUAUCUGCUGCUGUGUCCAGGACUUUUGGAAAUCCAGGUUUAUUUGGGAAUUGGAAUAAGCAAGGCCAGCUUUUUAAGGCUCCCAGGCGUGUUUUAUCUCCCAUGAACAGUUUCCCAGACAACGGGGAGGCGGCUCCUGGCCAGCAUGAGCCAAUCAUGGCCCGGAGGGAUUGCUCCUCCUUCCAUCCCUCACCGGAGGGACUGGGCCUGUUCCCACUCAGUAGCCCUUCCAGCUAGGAUGGCUGAGGACAUCUCGUUCAGGGGCCUGUAGAAUUGGGCUUCUUGGUCCAGCUGGCUUGACAUUUGUGGGAUCUUUAGUGGACAGGCAGCACGAGCUCCCCUGUAACCUUUUUUGCGCCACGCAAGAAUUUGUUUUUAAAAUAUUUAAAUAAAUAUGAUGAUGAUGAU